GUCGGAGCAGCUAGUGGCUGCGCCUCAUAAGGGCGCUGCCAGUCGAGUCUAGUGCUACUGUUUCCUGCUCUUGGCCGCCUCCGCGCUCUCGCUGGAAUCCUUGCAACUCCGCCGGCAUGUCUCAGGCUGAGUUUGAAAAAGCGGCUGAGGAAGUUAAGCACCUCAAGACCAAGCCAACUGAUGAGGAGAUGCUGUUCAUCUACAGCCACUACAAACAAGCCACUGUGGGCGACAUAAACACAGAAAGGCCUGGGCUUUUGGAUCUCAAAGGCAAGGCCAAGUGGGAUGCCUGGAAUCAGCUGAAAGGGACUUCCAAGGAGGAUGCCAUGAAGGCUUACAUCAACAAAGUGGAAGAGCUAAAGAAAAAAUACGGAAUAUAAGGGACUGGAUUUGGCUGCCUGCCAAACUGCUACCACGCCUUGUUUUUCUAAUACUGUGGAUGACGCGAAAUAAAGAAAAUAGCUCUUUAACCUAGAUCCUGAAGACAUACAGAACAUGGCCCCGACCAGAGGGGCUGAAAUGGUUCCUGACUCGCACUGAGUAGUUUUUAAUCUGUAGAUCAAUUAAAAGUUCACUUGUUAUUUUAA